AUGUCUCAAACCGCCAACGCUCAAGCUGGCGCCGAUGCUGCUCCUCAGGAUCCCGCUCCCAACGAGCAGCCGGUUGGCUCGCCGCACGACCAGACUGACACCCUCCCCAUCCCCGCGGAAUCUGGCCACGGUGCCAUCAUCGAAAUUCCUGCUACCAGGAGCUCGAUCAGUGAUGUUCACAUGCAGCGUCUGAGUCUCUCGCCCUCCAUGAAGGACCGCCGGGGCUCGCGUAACUCGUUUGGCGUCUCCCUUCCCAUUCCCCGGUCCCCGCGGAAGUCGUCGCGUUUGUCCAUGGUUGAGAGGCCUGGCAUGCAUGUCCGCGACAUCAUCGCUUCCGAGGUGCAGGAUCAGGCGAAGGAGAAGGUUGAGAAAGUCAAGAACAUGGCCUUUGUGUUUGACAUUGACGGUGUGCUGGCACACGGUAACAAUGCUAUCCCGGAGGCUAAGGCCGCUCUCAAGAUGCUGAACGGCGACAACGAGCUCGGUAUCCAAUUUCCGUACAUUCUUCUCACCAACGGCGGUGGCAAGACCGAGGAGGCUCGCUGCGCCCAACUCUCAGAGGUUCUAGGAUAUCCUAUCUCUACCGACCAAUUUAUCCAGUCGCACACCCCCAUGCAAGCCCUCGCAGAGUACUACGAAAACGUCCUGGUCUGCGGUGGCGAGGGAUUGAAGGUGCGCGAGGUCGCUGAGAGCUAUGGCUUCAAGAACGUAAUCCACCCCAAGGAUAUCUUGGCUUGGGAUCCCACAAUUUCGCCCUGCCGCAAGUUCACCGAGGAGGAGCAGAAGCUGGCCAAGCCCCGCGAUUUCUCAAAGUUCAAGUUUGACGCAAUUCUGUGCUUCGCCGAGUCGCACGAUCAGGCGACUGAGUUCCAGAUCAUCCUUGACCUUCUCCUCAGUGCCAAUGGCAGGCUGCUCACCCGCGCCAAGGACCCCGCCGCUCGGGAUGCCGUUGCAGGCCAUAUCCCCAUCUACUUCUCUCAGGGUGAUCUCCUCUGCCCGACCGAGCACAAGGGCCCGCCACGUCUGCACCUGGGUGCUUUCCGUGUUUCCCUAGAAGCACAAUACAAGGCUCUGACCGGCCGUGAUCUGGAGCGUAUCGUGUAUGGUAAGCCCGAGCGUGCUACCUACAUCUGUGCCGACGAAGUUAUCAAGUCCUGGAUGGAGGAGAUUCACGGCGAGAAGCGCCUGCCGAAGAACAUCUACAUGAUCGGCGACAACCCCCAGUCUGACAUCAUUGGUGGUAACCUUUACGGGUGGAACACCUGCCUGGUUCGCACUGGUGUCUUCCAAGGCAAGGGCAACGAUGAGAACAACCCUGCCAACUUCGGUGUCUUCGAUCAGGUUCUCGAUGCAGUGAAGGCCGCUGUCCGCAAGGAACUUGGUGAUGACUUCAAGUUCAAGUGGGACCCCAAGAAGCACUCCCCGCACGGAUCCGCCGUUGAGUAA